CGCUAAGGAUCACGUUACUAUGCAUGCAUAACGACUCCGAGGAAGGACGAUGCGCGAGCUUUGACGCGUUUUAGAUUUCAUUUCAUUCCAUUCUUUCUCCUUUAAGAAGAUUUUGAACAACUUCCUCCAAUUUAAGACGACCUUGGACAAAUUUCUCCGAUAAUUUUCUGGCUACUUCAACUCAGGCACUCUGCAACUUAUCCGACGACUCACAUAUCUGAGGAUUCCUAUUCUGGCUACGAGGCAGAAGUUGGUGAGCGAGGGGACUGUAUUCAGUGAUAACGAAGUAUAGCCGUGCAGAGGAAGACUGGAGACGGGAGCGUAGCUGUAAUCUACGAAUUGUCUAAGUACGUCCUCUGUUGUGCACACGUUUGAUUCAAUCCGCGAUUGCGAUUAUACAUGAGCAAGCGACUUAAUCCGACGUCCUCCGGACGCUCUACAGCAGCGAGUACGAGUGCAGCUCCUCAAUCCCGCUCAUUACAUGACUACCAACUUGGUGAUUCGCUUGGUAAAGGCGCUUUUGGCCAGGUCUACCGAGCGUUGAACUGGGCCACAGGCGAAACAGUCGCGAUCAAGCAGAUAUCACUGAAUAACAUCCCUGCCUCCGAGCUUUCUUCCAUUAUGUCCGAAAUCUCCCUAUUGAAGAACCUGCGCCACCCAAACAUCGUGAAAUAUAAAGGCUUCGUCAAAACACGGAUGCAUUUAUACAUCAUCCUCGAGUUUUGUGAGAAUGGGAGUCUGUCUCAGAUUGGCAAGAGAUUUGGAAAGUUUCCCGAGGGGUUAGUAGGAGUCUAUGUUAGUCAAGUGCUAGAAGGCCUGUGCUAUCUACAUGAGCAAGGUGUCAUCCAUAGGGAUAUCAAGGGCGCCAACAUCCUCACCAACAAAGAUGGUACCGUCAAGCUAGCAGACUUCGGUGUAGCCUCGUCCACGGCGAUUCCCUCAGGCUCUUCCUCAGCUGAGGUCGUUGGUUCGCCAUACUGGAUGGCACCUGAGGUCAUAGAGCAGAGUGGCGCUACUACCGCGUCAGAUAUCUGGUCUCUGGGAUGCGUAGUAAUCGAACUCCUAGAAGGUUCGCCUCCAUAUAGCUUUCUGGACCCAAUGCCCGCGCUAUGGCGGAUAGUACAAGAUGAUUGUCCGCCCAUACCUGAAGGAGCUAGUGCAGUUGUGAAGGACUUUCUCGCAUGCUGCUUCCAAAAGGAUCCCAAUUUGCGGAUUGGUGCGAGGAAGCUGUUGAGACACCCUUGGAUGGUCGGUGUCAGGGCAAGAGUCAAAGAGGCAGAAGCGGAAAAAAAAGACGAGCAGGCGCAAUCACAUAGGCACAGCACGGAUAACACCAGUAGUGGAGAAGAUUGGACAACAUCAUCAACGUCUUCAUCUACAUCCACUCUCCAUUUAUCUAAAUCAUCUUCUCGCUCUCCACUCACGACAACCGUUGACAAGACUCGUGAUCAUAUCGACAAAUCGUCGCUACUGUUGUCAAAAUCUCCCACCCAAACCGUUUCGUUGUCCAAAUCUCAAUUAGACUUAGGUUUGCAGAGACAAAAGACUCAGCGUCAACUUAGAAAACCUUCACAAAAGGUCAGCAGCGCGAAAAAUAGUGCCCGAGCUCGACCAUCGAUAUCUCCCUCCGCUGUUGCAGGACGCGUUCCUGGGACUGAAGGGAGGCUUGUUAGCCAGUACGGAUACGACGAAGCAGUACAAAGGGUACAAGAAUGGAAUCAAGCGUUGAGUAGCGCGGCAAAUUUAUCCUCUUUACCGUCUUCCACUUCUAUGACCAUUAAACCCCAAUCCCUUGCUGUUCCAGUAGCAACAAUAGGCAUGCCUACUUCAACCAUCAAUAGCUCAGGCUCAGCGGGCUCAGUACCGACCAUUCGUCUUUCUCCUAUGGUACCGAUUCCCAUGUUUGUUCCUUCUUCCUCCGCUUCCUCUGCAUCAUCUGGCUCUGGUUCUGGUUCCACAUCUAGCUCUUCAGAUCAGGGCAAGACAAUUAGACCGGUCUUCACUCGUCCACCUUCUGUAUCCAGCGACCUUUUAGGAAAUAAGGAUACGCACUCUCAUACAAAGGACAUGAAAGGGAAAGGGAAAGGACCUACACUCAUUACACCAUCAUUUAACUCCUUAGGCUCGUUGAAUGCACUUGGCGGCAUAGCCGGCGUGCUUACAGACCAACGCAAACAACUAGCCUUCGUGGAAGAAGAGGACGAGAUGGAUCGCGACCGCUGGGAUGAUGAUUUCGAUCUGGGUGAAGACGACGAUUUUGCUGCGCGGAGUAAAAUUGAUGCUACGAAAAGUAAGAUGGAUUUCGGGGUGGGGAUUAAGCAUAGUAAACGAGACGCACUUCAUGGAACCUCAAAUAGUUCUGGCUCAAGUUCUGACGGAGAAGACACAACCCUUACAUCGAGUUCCAAGAUCAAACCACAACCUCGGGCAAGAGACGAUCGAACAAUUCGAGCUUCACCUGGGGCAUCAUUAUCUCGCCUUCCUUCUUCCUCGAACUCAUCUCCCUCACAAUCAUCUCCUGUGCCUCCAAUAUCGCCCUCGCGCCUUCCGGUGGCUGCGGUUAUGACUAGGUCAGCCUCUGAUACGACUAGUGCAUCGAGCUCGGGUACCACAUAUCACGCCAUGAGUGAAGCUGAGGAAGAAAAUUAUGAUGACGACUUCUUGGGUGGUGGUGAUAAUGAUAGUGGAUUAGAAGAUGGCAAUGCAUUGUUGGAGAGAAGGGUAAAUGAAUUCAAGGCAAAACUUGUGUCUCAGCGACUCCAAAACCAGCAAGGCAGCAGUAAUCGUGUAGGCUCGUUCUCUCGUCCGUUGUUCCAUCCAGACGAUAUAAAGAGUGCUCUAUUUCCACCCGCUGAUUCUGGUCAGGCUAUUACGACAUUAUCUUCACCAUCUGGAUCAACCUCCCGACCGAGUGUCCAUGGACGAACUUAUUCAGCCUCUGCUACAUCCUCAUUCUCAUCCUCGCCCUUCUCUGCCCCACUCUCAUCCUCGCCAUCAAGUGCUCGUAGGCCGCAACUCACACUUCCUCCUUCUACUUUCAGCAACAAUCACAAGCGUAUAUCUCCAGGUCCGUUGACGGCGCCGUUACCCGACAUGGCUCAAGGUAACGACGACGUUUGGGACGCUGAUUAUGAAGACGAGUAUGAUCAUCCUGGUCCCUUCAGUGCUGAACAUAACGAUUUGAAAAAUGGCGUAGGUGGGAGCGGAAGUGUGCGGAGGGCGAGUGCCGCUCAAAAGGGAAGCAUAGGAAGCAUAGAAAUUGGAGGCCGGAAGGGGAGUGUACGGAGUACGGGAAGCGAAGGUGGAAGAAAUCGAGGUAAUAGCGACGGAAGCGAGGGAAGGAGCGCUGGCUACGGUACUAAAAAUCAACGAGGAAGUAUCCGUAGUCUCAGCGAAAAAUUUGAUAAGUACACGGAACAUCCAGGCCAAGAAGUGGAUGCCGAGGACUUUGAUUAUGAAGAUAACAAUGAUUCUCCUUCAUCAACCGUGGGCUCCGGGGAGGGCGGCCUCAAGCCGGGACUGCUCAAGCUCAAUUCUCGACUUUCCAAUCGAUCAUGGUUGGGUGAUGAGGAUGAUAAUUCAGACGAGGACGUGUUUGCUGAAUUCGAUGAGCCUUUUGCGGAAGAUGACCUCGAAACACAUCUGCAGAGAGAUAAACAGGCGCGGUUAUCUGCGAGAGUGAGCGCGCUGGUUGAUGAUUUGAGCUUGAAUGCAAACCCGAUUGGAAGUCUGUCGAACGUCGGCACUACUGGGGAAAUUCAAGAAGGAAUAGAGAUCAGGGAACGCCGCCUGAGGGAUAUUGUUGGGGAGCUGCUCACCAUCCUUGUCACCUCACCUGAGAUGCAAAUUCAGCUGGUUACCUCUCAUGGCAUGCUUGCAAUUUUGGAGGUUCUCGAAGGUUAUCAAUCGCGCGUUCUUGAUCCCCAAUCGAGGAUAUCAGCUUCUGCUCAAUCCUCUAAUUCUAGUCCUGCCCCCAGUCCUCUAACAAGCGUUGUCCCGCUUCCGGGAUCAGCAGUAGGGACGGGCCGCAAAACUAGUACUAUGGGUGGCGUGGUCAGUUCUCUUGGGUUGGGUUCUUUGGCGUCACUAGGAUCUUUAGGAAUAGGAGGAAGAUCAUCUUCAGGAGUUUCUGCAACCAGCUCAGCUUCUUCGACUACUUCUCGUGAUUCCCUCGGCAUAUUAGGAAGCUUACCUAUGCAUAACACUGUAACAGGGAUUGGUGGCGGCUUAAGUGCAGGCGGCCGAGAAACUGUGUCACAGUUGUUGAGAAUUAUCAAUUUACUCGUCACAGGUAACAUAGGUUUUUUGGAGAGUUUCUGCUUAAUAGGUGGCAUACCCGUUGUUAUGGGCUUCACAUCUAAACGCUUUCCCUCCGAGUGCCGUCUUGAGGCAUCGAAUUUCAUCCAGCUCAUGUGCCAUACGUCUGUGUUAACGCUCCAAAUGUUCAUCUCUUGUCGUGGCCUCAAAGUACUCGUCGCCCUCCUAGAUGAAGAUUCUUCACCUCUCGUCGCUCACGCACUCAAUGGCAUCUCGAGCGUUUUCGAUCUCCAAUCUCCCACCACGAAGAACGAUUUUUGCCGCAUGUUCGUUCGAGAGGGGUUGCUUGAUCCUCUCAGUGGGGCCUUACUGAACGUCAUGGCCAACGGAAAUGUCAACCUUGAUGGCAAGCGUACACCUAAGGAUAGUCUUGGUGGUGAGAAGGGUGAGGAAUAUUGGGGAGAAGAAGAUCACAGAGACAGUGUGGGACUUGAGGGUGAAAUGAAGAUGAAAAUCAUACAGAUCUUGCUGGUGUUCUCGCAAGUCUCACAGUCAGACUUUCAUGUGCGUAAUGCUGUCGGGACAAGGAAGGUUAUUCGAAGACUUUUGCGCGCCUGCGAGUUGCUUGAACCAGAAUGUCUCGUGUUAAUGAUCAAAGCUGUGAAGCAUUUAUCAAUGAACAUCUCCUUACUGGACGUACUUCAGAAUGCCAAUGCCAUCGAGAUCCUUGUGCGGAUUCUGGAAGAGCAGACUUCUGGUCCGUAUAACACUGAGAUAUCGAACCAUAUCUUCCAAACAUGUUUCAACCUUUGCCGCCUGAAUAAGUCCCGUCAGGAAGAGGCUGCACAGGCGGGAAUAAUACCCUGUCUACAGCGCGUUGCAGAAACGCAAUCUCCUCUGAAGCAGUUUGCGAUCCCGAUCUUGUGCGACAUGGCAUCUGCAGGGAAAAACUGUCGAAAGCUGUUAUGGCAACAUGAUGUAUUAAAUAUGUAUCUGAGGUUGCUGGAAGAUCCUUAUUUCCAAGUCAGUGCGUUAGAAUCCAUCUUGUCUUGGUUACAGGACGAACCCGCACGCGUGGAAGAUGGAUUGACGGAACCCAGCGCAAUUCGUUCGGUACUGGAUUGCUUCGUGACCGCUAAAACUAACUCUUUCGAAAACCUUCUCGAACUUUUCCUUAAGCUUACUCGUAUAUCCACCCGCGUCACCACUUCCUUCAGUCGCUCUCCGGCCUUUUUCCGUCGAGUAGCAGAUCGGUUAGGACACAACACUAAACCUGUGGUACGGCUCAAUCUCCUAAGGAUCCUUAAAACAGUGUGCGAUGCACACCCCAACAGGGGCAUGCUCGUCGAGAAAUAUGGGAGUGGUGACGGACUACUUGGCGUCGUGGAAGGCUUAAGCCGUGGGGGAGGUGAUGGCGCAGUGCUGGUGAGGGAGCUGGCAAGAGAAAUUAUACCAGUGCUUCGGCCAGGGCUGAAGCCGCUUCCUAGCGGCAGAGCCAGUGGUAGGGGUGUUACGCCGAAGCGAAUGAGGAGAACGGCGUCUGAGGCGUCAGCGCCGGUCGUUGACACUGGAUUCACCGGGUCGGCGGUCACUGUGGGUGUUGCGUCUGGAGGUUCUAUCUUGUCCAGUGAUAAGACCGGUUUGCGUCCAACUGCCGCGUCGAGAUCUGUUUCGACGCGGCCAAAAGCAAGUCUUAGAGAUAUAUCUUGGCAGGGAACUCGAUGAUUUUGGGUGAGGAGUGUUUUCGUAAUGAUAUUGACCAUUAAUUUGUAAGUACUAUCGUGUACUAGUCGUUCUCUACAACUAUUGUCGACUUGCUUUCUUUCUUUCUGCAUUUUCUUGCUUUCGAUUGGCGUUAUCAUUGUUUAUUACAUUCGUUUGCAUACAUAGUACAUAUAUCGCAUUAUUACAAUCAUUAUACACUCGCAUGCAUUACCU